UCAGCUGAUAAAUGGUUGUUCUUCGUGAUUAUCUGUUCUUAUCUAAAUUAUCUCUGAUAUUACAUAAGGAGCCGGUAUCUGUGAAUGUAGAACGAUAGUUAUGAUGAUCUUCAACGUCAGUGUCCGUUUGGGAUAUGUCUGAUGCAGGCAGUUAAGGAGAAAUGACGCUGAGUUGAAGAAGGAUUUCCCACCUGCAACAAAGAUUGAAAUAGAUAAUGUAUUUGGAGACUGUACAACACCAAUUUACUAUCAGAUAACUGUUUUAACAAAAAAUAAUAAUAAUAAUAUUAGUUGAGUAAUUAUAAGAAGAGAGAAAAAAAGAAGAACAAACCAAAAUGAAUAAUUUAAUUGACUCAUCGGACAGUUCCUUUAAUGACGAAACCCUUCCUGAGACGAGAUCAGCCAACAUGUUAGAGGACAGUUGGAUCGAGACCCUAGGAUGGGCCGUUGGGGCCAUCUGUUCCUUAUCCAUGAUGUUUGGUGGGGUGAUGCCCUACAUACCCCAGUACCUGCAUAUCAGGCGGUCUGAGAAUCCUGAAGGUUUCUCCCUGUAUGUGUGCCUUGUACUCCUUCUGGCUAACAGUCUGAGAAUUCUGUUCUGGUUUGGCCACUGGUUUGAAUUGCCAUUGUUGUUUCAAAGUAUCGUCAUGAACAUUACCAUGAUGAUGGUGAUAUCAUUAUGCGUCUCAAUCCGCAACAGAGGCCAGCUAGGCCACAACAGAGAGCAUGUCUUCACAGAUUUUGACUAUGACCACUUUUGGGAGUGGACGGACUUCCAGUCAUACGUAGAAUUCAUGCUCACGUUCUCCACCAUGGGCUGCCUGCUCAUGUACAUCUUCAUUGAUUCUCCCUUGUUUGUGGAGACAGUUGGCUUCAUAUCAGUGCUGACAGAAGCCCUUCUAGCUGUGCCACAGUUCUACAGGAAUUUCAUAACUAAAUCAACAUUUGGAAUGAGCCGUCAGAUGGUGUACAUGUGGUUCUUUGGAGACACAUUCAAGACACUGUACUUCUGGUUCCGAGAAGCUCCCAUGCAGUUCUUUGUCUGUGGUUGCCUGCAGAUCUGCAUUGACAUAGCGGUGCUUGCGCAGUGCUUCUUGUACCGGAAGAAGAAUUCACAUCUUAUCAAUUAAUGUUUAGUAACUUAGCUGUAAUGUCAAGACUGGAUUCACUGAAAUCCAUUGCAUUUUAUUUAUAAGUGUUUCAGGGGAUUUUUUUUUUCUUUUUUUUUUCGUGUGUGUGAUUUUCCCUUCCCCUCCUUCUUUAUCAUCUUCUUUUGUUUGCAUCUCUUCUACCUGAGUUGUGUUCACUGAGUUCUCCUAACCCAUCUAGGAAGGGGCAUUACUUUACAUUGCAUUUUUGAAUGCAAGUAAGUUCUUCAAAAACUGAAGCUGUACAUUUCUUUAACUCUCACUAUUUUUCUUUAUAUCUUCCCUAUAUUUUAUGAAUGAUAUGUUUCUUAUUUUUCUAUAUCACCAACAACUGUGUGAGGUUGUCUUUAAUGUUCUUUAAGCAACAAAAGAUAUGUGUAAGAUAGGGAGCAAUGUAUCUUGUUGUCUUAAAGAAUAAUUGACAUGCAUAUAAAUGAACAAAUAUUUAAGAGAUUACAUGCACAAUAUGUACAUUAAGUGCCUUUUAUACAGAAUUUCUAUAACUGCCUUUAGAUAUUUAUUUAAAUGAUUGUAGUAUGAUACACUGGGUGUAGCUACACUUUUUAAAGUUGUUUAGAUUAAGGAUUUUUCUUGUAUUUUGAAUGCUGGAUCUUAAAUACAAUGUACUGUAUGAGAUACAAGUUGUAACUUUGACUAAAUAGGAUUGAAUAAUCUUUGUAAAUAUGCUAGAAGUUGAGUAAACCAAAAUAAUAGGUUUUUGGUUUAUAUCUUUAGGUAUUAUAAGCUAAGGUUUUUUUAUGAUUGAAAAUUAUUGAAAAUUUUAGUUUAUAUUUGUCAAUUGAUAAAAGAAUGUUCCUUAAUAUGAAAUGAUAAUAUAUAAUUAGUUCCUAUUUAAUAGUACAUGGUAAGUAUUGAUUUAAUACUUUGAAAUAUUUGGUUUAUCAUACUCAUAAUGUUGGCCUUUUGACAAUAUUGUUAGUUUCAAAAUUGGAGUAGUAAAUCAAUUUUUUUUUAUAUAAUAGAAAUAUAUGUAAGACUGACUUCUGUUCCUGUAUUGUCAUCAAAGAAGUAUAAUAGUCAGAGGAAGAGGAUUUGACAGUAGAUGCUUUAAUCAGGAAGGUGCGAGUUAUCACCACAUACUUCUGUCCUAGGAGAAGUUUGUCGUAACUUAAGAUUUUUCCUGCUGCUAUAAUUGCAAUAAAAACAUAUCACCAAAUCCAUUCUUUGAUAAAGAAUGAACUUACAUUAAAGGACUUGUUUGCAGUUUCAUUGGAAGAGAAUUAUGAUUUGAGAGUGACUUCAGGAUUCUAUGGUGCUCAUGAAACUCUUCUUGGUUGAGUGAAAUGUUCCACUCGGUAAUGAAAUCCAGGAGGAGCUAGAAUUGCAGCCAAAUGUAGUUUAUUUGUGAAGGAGGAGGUCCUUAGCAUACCUUUUUGCUGUGUGGUUUGGUCUCCUUUGUACAAUUUACACUCCCUUUUUCACAUCCUACUAUUUCUGAGUUUAAUCCCCUGUGUGAUUAAUUUUGUUACAUUUCUUUAUACAUUUUCUUUUCUGCAAUAUAGCUUUACUGUUACUGCAGUGAAAUUAUGGCAGUAAUGAAUUUAGCUUAGGUCCCUAACUCUUUGGAGCAUCAUUUGCUAAACAUUAGUCCAUAUUACCAGAACAUAGGCUACCUCUAGUGACAUUUUAUUCUGUGACUUUUUAGUGCCUCAAGAAAAAAAUGAGAAUAAAAUAAAUAAGUCUAUAUAGGGCAGAAAACCAAAACGGGCUGGAGAUUUUUCAUAAUUCCUGCAAAGUUACAAUAAGUUUAAGGACGUCUUAACCCAGUGGUGACGGGAUGACAAGAAUACAUGCCAUGUCCACUGUGUCUUUUUGUUUAGUGAUUGUCUUUACACAUAGAUGGUUUCCAUAAGUGCUUAACUACAAUGGAGUCAACUACUAAGGCCUACCUAGCUCACCUACUUCCCCAUUUCCUUCAUUUUUGGAAAAAUUCUCUUUUAUUUUUUAUUGCUAUUAGUGCUGUUAUUAGCAUUAAAAUAAUUACAAUGUCAACAACAGUAAUAACAAUACCAAUAUAAAUAGCAUUAGAAGAAAAAAAUUAUCCUGAAAACUCAAGGAAAGGGGAAAUCAGUUAAGGACACAUAAAGUUACUAAUUGGCUCCUUGGUGGCUGAACAUUUGUGGAGCCAACAAUGUGCAAACAAAGCUCUCAAAAGAAAACAAUAGUAGAUAGUGUACAUACCCAGCACCAUUGGUUUAAUGGCAAAGGAAAACAUUCAUAUAGUGAUUUUAUAGUGACACAUCAAGAAAUCAGUAAUUGUUUUUUCACCGCUCAUUAACCAGGUACAAUGAUUGCUUUUCACAUUUUCUAAUCUGUUGCAACUCUUUGCAGAUUUGUUGCUCAUGAACCAUAGGUAGUAUGUUAAAAGAAUAAAGCACCUUUCAUUUGAAUAUUAGGGAAAACUUUUACAUGAAUUCAAAGGUGCAUAGUCCAUUUGUGGCAGGAUUAUAUCAAUCAUUCUAUAAUUUAAUUUUUUUGAAAUUUAGUUGUUUCUGUGUAAUGUACAAUGGUGGUGCUUGUGCCAGUGUGAUUUGUUAUCUCUUGUUCAAGUAUACACAAAGGAAUAACUUUCACUUGCUCAUAUUCAUCACAGAGAAUUCAAAAGACCUUUAUUCCUUUCUCACUUUUAUUCAGACAAAGUUUUGUGCACGAGCCGAGGCCUUGAAGUAUGUGCCUUAUUUUUGUCUGCAUCAAGCCUUUAACAUUGUCUCACUUGCAUAAAAAAACCUUGUUUUUGCUUUUCUUAUUGCCUGCUGUAAUUUGAAAAAGUCAUAGUGACUUUGCAGUAUUUGAAGUUCAAUGUUACUACAGUAGAUGAGCUUCUUAAUCUCAGUAGUGCUUUCCAUUAAUUGCAGGUUAUUGUAAUUAGUGCAUUGUUAAAUAAGUUAACAUGGAGGCUCUAUAUUAACUUUGUGUGCACUUCUCAAUUGUUCUCUUAAAUAUUUUCUAAACAUUUUUGUAAUGUUUCGAAAAGUAGAAUGGUGAUUUCUGGUCCUGUUCCAAGGCCUUGUGCAGUCUCAUUUCCUUGAGGUUAGAAAACACUAAAUUUAGUUAGGAAUCACUCUGCCAAAAUCCUCAAUGAUAAUACAUCAUAAGAUGUUUUUUAUACAUGUAAAUUGUUCUCUGUACAUCUAAACAGAACAAGUGAAUUGAGCAUAAUCAUAAUGAUAAAGGUUGUGGCUAAAUUACUGUGAUUGCAUAUAAAGAUGGUGAUGUUAAAGAGAUGAAUAUUAUUCUGUGAAUCGAUUUGUAAUGUCCUGCUGUAAGUCCUCUAAGGGUGCUUUAACAUUUUGCCUGUUUUUCCCAUGGAAAAAGGGCUGUUUGUAUGUGAAUAAUGAUUUCAUAUCUUGAAGGAUAUGCUGGGUUUACCAAACUUCUGACUAAGAAGUUUUACAGUUAGUGACAUACUGAUCAAUUCUCGAGAAUAAUUAUUGAUGUGCAAUAGUAAUUUUUUCAGAAAAAAUAGUAUUAUCCAUACAACUGAUUCAACAUUAAGGUUAACUAAUAUUCUUCUUUUUCCCCAUUUUUAUUGUCCUAAUGUAACCAUAUUUUAGGUUAAGGGAGAUAGUAGAAAUACAUUAAAGAAAUUUGUACAAUCUCUGCUUACCUAAUUGUAAUACAAUAUUCCUUAGAGACACAAGUCUGUUGUAUGUUCUUAAUAUGAAAGGUGAGGAACACCUAGCGAAUUGGCCUACAAUAUUUAUCUCCAAAGGCUUCGUGACCCUUCUGCUAGGACUGCAACCCAUUGUUUGGGAACGACCUCUUUGGAGUUGAUGCAGCAAGUCAUGGUCAAAGGUAAUGAGUAUUAGAGGUCUAGGAUUUCAGCUUUUCUCCUUUGAAGUAUGAUGGUAGUCUGCUAGGAUGCUAAUUAAAAUUUUUAAAAAUAAUGAUAAUAACUUACAUAAACUGCAUUUUAAGGUAUUAGAUGAAAGCAUAAAACCCUAAUAAGGGAAAGCUUUAGCAUUUUUUAAAAUCAUGCCAGGAGAGAAUAAAAUCACAUCAGGCUUUAUUCUAUGUCUAGUGGGAGAAAAUUAUCAUAGAUCUAUUUUCACAGUUAGUACUGCUUGUAAGAUGAACACUAACAAGUGUACAUGAUUUUUACUUACAAAAUAGGCACGUAAUCUGUCUUGUAGAAAAAACAUAGUAUAUUCAUCCAAAAACACAAAAAUCACACUUACCUGAGAACAUGUUGCGCAUUCUUAUGUUCACCCAUACACUGUCUCACAUUCACACAGCUUAUCAAGUAGCUUUACACACACACACAUGCACACACACACACACAUACACAUACAUACACAUACAUACACAUACAUACACAUACACAUACACAUACAUACACAUACAUACACAUACAUACAUACAUACAUACAUACAUACAUACAUACAUACAUACAUACAUAAAUAAAAUCAUAAUAAGUUAAAGAUUUAGCAUUUUUUUAAAUCAUGCCAAGAGAGAAUGAAAUCAUUCUAUGUCUGGUGGGAGAAAAUUAUCAUACACACUUUUUCACUCACUCACUCAAACACAUGUGCACACACAUGCACAUAUUCAUACUCACACUCAAACACACAUAGCAUCUUUCCUGCCUCUUCCCCACCCUCCCUUUCCUAUUCCUUCAUCUCUCUCUCUCUCUCUCUCUCUCUCUCUCUCUCUCUCUCUCUCUCUCUCUCUCUCUCUCUCUCUCUCUCUCUCUCUCUCUCUCUCUCUCUCUCUCUCUCUCUGUUUUUAUUUGUACUUGUUUGAAUUUUUCUCCUUCCUUUAUCUCUUCUCAGAAGUCUCCUCAUUGUCAUUAGAAUUUAAUGUGAGUUUUGUUAACCGAUUCCUUGUCUUAAGACUAUGAGGGUAAGCUCCCUAUCUCAAUAUUUUAUCAGCAAGGUAAAGAUAAGAUAUAUUACUUCUAGUGAAAUUGCUCUUGUAUCUAAAAAUGUAAAUAUAACUUGUAUUUUUAUGCUUUUAAUUGUAUUUUUCAUCAGCUCUCGCUUCUGUAAAGUCAUUGUAAUGUUUCUUCUAAAAUACAACUCCUUUUAAAUCAUUUCAGAAAUAAGAGUAUAAAAAUCUUAUCUAGUCUCAGAAGACAAAAUACAGGUAUUUAAAACCUUCCAAACAUGUAUAGUAAUUUUCAAGGUAUCUAACAAGAGAAUACUUAUGUGUAGUACACCAGUAUAGGUAAUGGUGCAAGAGUUUUAGGAGGAGGUAAUGAUAUGCACAUUUUUUCCCAUCUUGCAGGUGGCCCUUGUGCACAAAUAUUGUAUAAGAUAUAAGAUAUGACUAAGCUUUAGUGAGCAUAAAUGUGAUUUUUUAGGUAGUUGGCAUAAAGGUGAAGGUCUGUGAGAGCGAAAUGAACAAGCAAAGAUAAAACCACUUAAAUAUGCAUCCCCCAGUUCUCAUUUGUGAAUGGGGCCACUUCCAAGUAUGAAAAAGGCUAACAAGUGAUGUGGCUUUUUUCACUCAUUAAUAAUGAUGUGAGUCAACCUAUUAACUGCAAAUUAUCAGGCUGGCUAACAAAUUAAUAUCAUUGCAUCUUCAUUUUAGAUGCUUUGUUGUACAACAUAUUUUAAAAUCACCAGGUAAAGCAUUAUUAUUUUAGGAAAAAAAUAAGAAACUGCUUAGAUUUGCAGGGCAAUAAAGCAGCAAAAUAUA